UUCAGGCUGGUAUCUUUAACUUUCAAGCAUCUCGGGAAGACGAGGGAAAAAAGGACCUCGGCCCUUUUUAUUAACCCUAAAACACCAACAUUGCCUCGUCGCAGGUCUGUCAACUUGUUUUUAAAAAGUCCAUCUGACGUCAUGUUUUUGUCCGCCCUGGACGAAACAAAUGAUAUUUGAAGCGGGGGCUGAGAGAGAGGAGACGAGGUGGUUGUCGGAUAUCUGAUAGUCUUUCUGCUCUGCCUUUUUUUCCACGCACGGAUUACGCACACAAGUCCGGUUUUUGACAAAAGUGUGGAAAAGUUUGGAUCGGCACUGCAAGUUUCCUAAGAUCUUUACGUGAGGAAUGAAAGCAGGUUCUUGAGCAAAUCAAAGAGCGAAGUCAUCUUGAGAAUGGCGCUGAAGGCCAGGGUGUUGUACGACUUCCACUCGGAGAACCAAGGGGAGAUCUCCAUUAGUGAGAACGAGCUGGUGACCCUGUUCAGUGAGGAGGAGCUGGAGGGCUGGUUGGAAGGGGAGAAUAGCAGGGGAGAUGUUGGCCUCUUCCCAGCUUCCUAUGUGGAGAUCAUUAGGAACCGCAUCACCUCCAACAACAACGGUGUCCCUUCUUCUAAAGUUGUGACCCCCACCCAUGCCACCUAUUCUCAGAAAGGACCUGAAGGAGGGAGCGUUGGCAGCGGCGGGGGCAGCUUCCACACCAGCCAGGGGAGUGAUGACGACUGGGACGACGACUGGGAUGAUAGUUCCCCAGCAACUGACACCCCGAGGGGUAUGGGUACCUCACCCCCUUCCUUGUACCCGGUGACCACCUCCCUGCCGGGCCGGCGGGGCAGCUCGCAGCCACCACAGGCCAAGAGUUCGGCUACGGUGGGGAGGAAUCUAAACAGGUUCUCCACUUUUGUCAAGUCUGGAGGAGAGGCCUUCCUGCUCGGGGAGGCUGCUGCUUUUGUCAAAGAUGGGGACAGGAUCUGUGUCGUCAUGGGCAAGCAUGGACCUGAGUGGCAGGAGGACCCGUACCCCUUCACGUGCACCAUUGAUGACCCCACCAAGCAGACUAAGUUCAAAGGCAUGAAGAGCUACAUGUCCUACGGCUUGACCCCGACACACACCAAUGUUCAAGUCAACCGCAGGUACAAACACUUCGAUUGGCUCUACGCUCGGCUGGUGGAGCGCUUUCCUGUCAUCUCGGUGCCGCAUCUGCCGGAAAAACAGGCCACCGGUCGCUUUGAGGAGGACUUCAUCUCCAAGCGAAGGAAAGGCCUCAUCUGGUGGAUGAACCACAUGACCAGCCACCCUGUGCUGGCCCGCUGCGACGUCUUCCAGCAUUUCCUCACAUGUGGGGUGGAUGAGAAGGCCUGGAAACAGGGCAAGAGGAAGGCAGAGAGGGAUGAGCUGGUUGGGGCUAAUUUCUUCCUCACGAUCAGCACGCCUGCCGUCCCGCUUGACCUUCAGGAAGUGGAGAGCAAGAUCGAAGGCUUCAAGACCUUCACUAAGAAGAUGGACGAGAACAUCGUGGUCGUCAACACCACCAUCAAUGACUUUGCACGCAAGCAGAUGUCGGGAUUCAAGAAGGAGUACCAGAAAGUGGGACAGUCCUUCAAACUCCUUUCACAGUCAUUCGAGAUGGACCAGCAGGUCUACUCGUCGGGUCUGAACAAGGCCAUCGCUUAUACUGGUGACGCCUAUGAGGCCAUAGGAGAGUAUUUUGCAGAUCAACCGCGUCAGGACCUGGAUCCCAUUUCUGAUCUGCUGGAUCUCUACAGAGGACACCUGGCCAACUUUCCAGACAUCAUCCAUGUGCAGAAAGGUGCGCUGACCAAGGUGAAGGACUGCCCCACGCAGGAAGGCGAGCUCCACGACCGCUGCAACAUCAUCUCGUGCGCCACGCUGGCCGAGAUCCAGCACUUCCACCGUACGCGGGUAAGAGAUUUCCGAGCGCAGAUGCAGCACCAUCUCCGGCAGCAGAUCGGAUUCUUCCAGAAAAUCACCGCCAAGCUGGAGGAGGCGCUCCACAGGUAUGACAGCGAGCAGUAGGAUCGGGGGUCAGAUGGGGUGACGGAUGAACUCAUGCUGCAGUAAUGGAGCACAUAUCAUUCCCCACAUCCCGGGACGUCAUGGAUCAUCAUGGAAAAAAAACAUGACCAAGUAAGGCGUGGACAUGUGGGGACGUUGGAAUGUGACAAGGAUGUUCCUGACCCUCGUGGGGACAUUAGAAAGAAUGUGACAAGGACGUUCUUGAUGCUCUGCACGCGUUUUACAACUCAGCACGACUAGAAACGCUUUGAAUAUGAAGGGUGGUGACGUCCGCAGCCUUUCCCUCGCAUUCGCAUUCAUCAUUUCCAUGUAAAGACUGAACACACGUAGAGUGCGAUACGUACAACUACCAAAGUAGGCAAGAGGUAUUGUUGUGAUUGCUGUUUCUUUGUUUGGAGGAAUACGCAAAGACUACAACAAAAAAAUAAACGCAUUCUUUGUGCUGAGGAAGACGCUCCUACAAUUUGGUGGAAAUCUGGCGAAAUAUUCACAAGCCACGAAAUGCAAAUGGUAGAGUCCGAGCCUUCUAUUUCUAAAGACAUCAUCCUUUUCCAUGAACCAGAAAUCAAAUACAGCGUCCCUCGUUUAUCGCGGUCAAUUUGUUCCAGACCCGACUGAAGAGAUGGAAUAUUUUUGACCUGUUUACGACCUUCUAAAUAUAUUUUUGUAACCAUGAAACAGCACCCACCUAGUCACCUUUACACUUGUGUUACCCAGCGUGGUACACAGAAUAACAGAAAAUAAGCAAUCUUAGACAUAAAUGAGAGCGUUGACAGUUGACAGCGUACUUCCUGGUGGAUAUUGUCUCAUCAAUGUAACGUUACUGACGCCAGAAACCAGUGCAGAUACUAUUCCACUGCCGCUGUUCCCGAUUAAGCAGAGACUCACGAUGCACUUCAGUCACUUUAUUAACAAGCACAGAACACAUACGCAGUGAGCAUUCACACAGGAGCUGCUGUCGGCCACUCUCUACACUGCUAACCCGCUGGCUGACGUCACACACGUCACUUCCCAGCUCCCGCUUCUUAAAGGCGCACACAACAGGUCGCAGAGACUGUAUUAGACUUCACGUCGCGUCUUCUGAAUGCCUUAUAUUUGUAUUUUUUUUCAUUUAGCCAAUGUUUUGCUUGAAAAUGCUUAAUUUAGGCCAUGAAUACGUACAAUUUGCUUAAAUGUGCAUAUAUUUUUUAAGUUCGGAAAAAAACGUGAUAGAGUGAGGGUACGAUGUUCAAACCGCGAUGUAACGAGGGACAACUGUACGACACAAAUACACCUUUGGGCUUUUGUGUUUGGGCUUAGAGCUCAGGUCCUUUUCUCUUUUUCGUACUAGAGUCCUGAGGGAAAAAUGGCAUGGUUCCCGCCAUUUUAGGUUAUAGUCCAUGAACUGGGAAGCAGUCUGGAAAACAAACACAUAAAAGGCUCCACGAUUGUAUUUUCACCUGUGCGGAACACUUCCUGCUAUCUUUACUGUACCCCCAUGAACCAGGAAGUAGCCUGCAAACUAACAAACUGAUGAGGAAACAACAAACUUUUGCUUGGAUUUUGGUCAUGACUGAACUUUUCCCCCUCGACCCAGAAUCAAAACUGGUCAUCGUAUAUUCUUACAUCAUCCUCCAUGAACCAGGAAGUGGCUUACUAUCAUAUGGACGGGCACACAAACGCAAAGGUGCCACGCCCGUAACUGUUUUUAACUUUGUUCACAUUUCAACUUUUGCUCUGCCGAAGACGGAGUCUGUGAAAGCAGAAAAACAGAACUCUCUGUUGCCCCGUUCUGUGUAGAUUUGUCUCAUUUUGGACGGACUGACUGCUUGCGUGAAGAAGCAGCUCUACAACGUCGUAGGUCAUGGUAAGAACCGUUUUAACAAAGAUCAUGUCUGACACUUUAAUCCAUUUGGUGUGAGCCGGGGGUGUCCAAACUUUUUCCGGCUGACAGAAAUGAAAGAUGCGGGGUCCACUUUGAUACAUUGUGUGCACGAUGCGCACAUAAAGAUGCUAAAACCAAUCCAAUAUACUCUAGGUCAGGGGUCACCAACGUGGUGCCCGUGGGCACCAGGUAGCCCCCCACGACCACAUGAGGUGCCCGCAGGCCUGCUUUUCAUUCAGGUUUUCAGUUAAUAAUGUGAGAACACUAGAAAGAAAAGUAUUCUGAGACAUAAAAUGUGAGUUGUGGAUACCAGCAUUUUGUGAAUGUUUUGGUAAAACAAGCAUAUUUGAUCUGUUUGGGUUGAAAUAAGGUAUGAAAAUCAUUUCUACAAAAAUGAGUAGCUCGUGGCCAUUUUAAUUUUCUAAAAGAAGCUCUCACAAGAAAAAACGUUGGUGACCCCUGCUCUAGGUCAAUAUAUGCUAAGCUGUUUGGAAAAAUGUUUGGAAAGAUUGUAGCUUUUGCGUUGUAGGUGACAAAGCAAAUACAGUCAUCCCUCGCGAUAUCACUGUUUGAUUAUCACUCCCUCGCUAUUUCACCAGUUUUAUGAAAAUCAUUAAUAAAUGGUUGUUUCAUGGUAGACUGUGGUCUAUUAUUAGUCAAAACUAGGGACGCUCCGAUCAGGGUUUUAUGCUGCCGAUACUGAUGCCGAUCAUUAGGAAUGUAAAUCUCUUUGUGAUUUUUUUUUUGAGGAGACAUUUUUGUGACUCUGUUGAACACAUGUUGUUUUGAGAAGACAAACAAUUUACUAAAUGACCCCAGCAACUAAGCGGAACUACGUUCUUCAUCACCGAAAUCCGACCAGAAGUGGUCUUAGGAGACCAAGUGGGGGGUAAGUCGCUGUUAAUGGACUACACGGUAUUGGGUCGGCAAUACUAUAAAAAAAAAAAAUUGGGUUGGAAGACACAAAAAUAAGGACAUCACAAAUUUGUAUUAUUUUGGUCACUAGGCGGCAGUAUUGACACAAAACAUUGAUGACGAGACAUUACCUUACAUUACACUACCUUAACACUGCAUGACGUCAUGAAGUCAGCCAUGGCAUGUACGACAUGAUAGAGUGAAAAGUUUUGAACAAAUAAAUGUGAGUAAAUAUUUAAUCAAAUAUCUUAUUAAUAAUGAAAUAAUGUAAUUAUCAGUAUAUGGCCCCGGGCCACACUUUGGACACCCCUGGUGCAAGCCUUUCAUUGGAACUUUGCAAUGAAAUAUGUUCUAAAUGACUAUAUUGUUGCUGAGGGUUCUCACUUUAGUUCUGUUCAAUAUUGGACUGGACUGGACUGGACUGGACUGGACUGGACUGUACUGGACUGGAUUGGACUGGACUGGACUGGACUGGACUGUCAUUUCAGGUGUGCUUUCACAUUGCUGGGAAUGAACCCAGUAAUGUUUUGUUAUAAGGGCAAGUGUAGUUAACCUAAAAUGCACACAGUAAGUGUCCAAACACUUCAAUGUAUCACAACAGGGCAGUAUUUCCAUAAAUAAACGGAUAUAGGAUAUAUUCAACUGUGUUAGUCUUUGAUCGUCUCUAGAUAUAAGAUGCUAUCUGUUCUUAUCUGGUGUAUGUCUUUCUAUCCUUCUGUUUAUCAUAAAAUAAUAUCAAUUUGUAUCACUGUGUUCUCAAUCCUCCAAAGGCUAAAUCUGAUAGCGUGCCCAGUGGCGGACACCUGACACCAGCAUCCACAGUGGGUCAGAUGACAAACGCUGGGGGCUCUUCAUUAUUUAGCCCUGCCUCUUCCUCCUUUUUGCUUCCUUUUCAUUUUGCCGUCUUUAACACUGACCCAUUUUUAAUCGGUCGACUGCUCAAAAUCAACAUCUUCAUCGUCAUUUGCAUAACCAAACAGCAGCCUGCAGAACCUGGUCAAAUACACACUCCCUUUUGAUUAUUUGUUACAAAUAAACUGUUGAACAGCCCUGCAGCCAAACCUCCUCCUGUUUUCCUAACCUGGAAACGCCGCGAGACAAACACCUAAGAUAAGUGGUUUGCAAUUAUUUUCUGUCACGCUCCCCCCCCCCCGAAUUGAAAUACCGUUGACAACCUGACAAUAUUUAUUUAUAAGGCAACACUAGCAUGUCAAGAUGCAGGAUUAUUGCACAGGUGUGUCUUAGGCUGGCCACAAUAAAAGGCCAUUCCAAAAUACACAGUUUCACUAUAUUGGCCAAGUGUUGAAAAUGAGUCAGUUUGUUAAACACUCAAAUACCAUAUACGCCGAUCUAGAGCAGGGGGGUCUAAACUUUUUCCAGCGAGGGCCACAUGAAAAAUGAAAGGAUGCAAGGGCCCUUACAAGUAUGAACUUUGCUCUCCUUUUCUCAUUUUUGCUGUUUUUUUUUGUAAUAUUAUGACUUUAUUCCGUUAACAUUUUGACCUUAUUCUCCUAAACUUUUUAAAACCAACCAAAUUUUUCAAAAAUCACAACUUUGUUUCUUAUCAUUUUACGACUUUUUUUUAAAUUAUGUGUUUUUUCUUUAAUUUUUUAACACUGUGCGACUAAAAUUACAUUAUUUUUCCUCAUAAUAUUGGAAGUUUAUUCUCCUAAUAUUGUGAUUUUUUUUUCUUGUUACACUAUGACUUUUUUCUCAAUAUUUUUACUUUAUUCUCCUAAAAUUAAAGCAGUGUUUUCAUCUUUGCCGUGUUUUUUUUUUAUUUUUCAACUAUUUACACUUUUUUCUUGUACAUUUUAUUGUCAUUUUGACUUUAUUGUAACAUUUGAACUUUUUCCGUAACCUAAUUUUUCCAAAAAUGACAACUUUAUUCAUUUUUUUUUGUUACUCUUUAGAAUAACGUCUUUUUUCUUUAAUAUUUCAAUGCUACUAAAAUGAUGUUGUUUUUCAUCAUAAUAUGACCGCGUCAUUCUCGUAAAAUUCUAACUUUUACUCUCAAGACGACAAUUGCCAGUGACAAUUAUGAUUUUUCAGCUUUCUUGUUAAGUUGUAUUUUUAGAACGUGCCGCAGGCCGCAAAUGGCCCCCGGGCCGCACUUUGGACACACCUGAUCUAGAGCAUCACAAACACACUGACUGGUUGACAUGCCUGCUGAGUAUGCUGGCCAUUCAAGAAUCAGGAUGUUUUCUUUCAUCUCAAGUCUCAAGACAAGACGUGUAAGUCCAAGUCAAGUCUCAAGUCAAGACCAGACAGGUCGAGUCAGGUCCAAAGUCAUUGGCUUAAAAUGUUUGAGUCCUUAGUUUCAUAAGCACUGUUUAGUGUUUACCAAAUAAAAUGCCAUUUUUACAAUGUAACUACCAAUUCCAUUUUACAUUACAAUGAAUGCAUUUUGAAUUGUGGCAAGAUUUAAGAUUACUGACAAAGCAUUCAGGAUUUAUUCCGCGCAAACCAGUACAAGUUAACUUUUGAAGACGUUCUACGUAUAUUCAUUUUGCGUAGUUAACUCUGUGUGUUUGAAAUAAUAACUUCCUGCCACUCUGGCGCUCACGGAAAUGUGAGCCACACCCUCGUUGCUUGUUCUUCAGCCUGAUGGGACGUGAAUGGAUGCAUUCAGUGCGGCAGAUUCUGUGUUUUCUUGCUGGAAAUGACAUAACGAUCAUGUUAGUUGAAUACGUUGAACGGGGACACAUUUCACUCAACACAUUCACUGAAAAUCUCAAUUGUUUUCAAGUCAUCAGACUAAUGUCAGAGCCAAGUCCCGAGUCAUUCACGUCAACGUCCCAAGUCGAGUGGCAGGUCUCUGAUGACAUUGUCAAGCCGAGUCCAAAGCCGAGGCUGACGAGUCCACAGCUCUGCUAAACACAACGUGGAAGGUCUGCUGAGGGCGCGCUCAACAAAACCAAACAAUUUUGAAUCGUAUCAAAUCAAGCAUGUGCACGUUCAAUUCUGUCUAAAAAUAACUUUUUAUUGAAAAAUAAACGGCAAAGGAGACACUUGAAGAAAGUCUUGAAGAACAUUGAACUAUACAUUGUUCAAACUGACUAAACUACUCCUGGGGCCACUUGUAACCUCAAAAAACCCAAACUGCAGCUCAAAUGCUGCCAUACCCAAUUUACAUUAGGUGAGAGAAAACACUGAAAGAACUCCGAGUAGUUAAAUUACCGUUGUUAACUUGUCAUAGUGUCACUAUUAAGCAAUAACCAAUGUACAGCAAAUAAAUAAACCUCAGUAUAUUUCACAUAUUUGUUCCAAAGAGCUUAAGAGUCUUUCCCCCCCCUAAAUGGAAGCAGUUAAAUUGAAUAUGUACAAAAAGAUAUACAAGAAUGGACAUUGAAAAAGUGCUCGACAACAAAUAAUCCAUGAUCCCAUGCAUUGUGUAUUACCACAUUUUUCAUUUAGAAAUACACUCUGUGGACUUUGAAUCAAAUGAGGUCCAGUGCAAAUUGUGCCUUUACAAAUAUACCCAUGCGCACUUUUGAUUGACACUGUAAAAAAAGGCAAAUGCUAAGGGUGCCAUGGCCUCCACGGGGCGCCAGAAAAUCAAGAAAUUUUAAUAUAACUAUAUUUAAAAGUGGUUAUUAUUACCAUUAACUUUUAAAAUGGAAAAGUUCACAUUGAUUCUAAUGUAAAGUAAAAGCCGAUGAAUAAUACUGCAAAUGAUAACAAGUAAGUGUCUUCGCACCCAUCAGUGUUUGUGUAUAGUUAUUGCAUAGUGUAAAUGGAGCUUAUGUAGAGUUAUUGUGCAAAAACUGUGUGCUUAUUGAAAUUGUUUGAUGUUGAUUGUUACUGACUUACUGAUUUUUUGUAUUUACAGUCGUCCCUCGCAAUAUCGUGGUUCGAUUAUCGCUCCCUCGCUAUAUUGCGUUUUUUUUUUCCAGAAAUUAAUUCAUAAAUGAUCACUGUUUUGUGGUAGACUACCGUCAAUUAUUAGUCCAAACAUAUUGGAAUACAAGUGAUAUGUAGUAAUCUGUUAGUAAUAAUGUUACAAGUUCUCCUCCCAUCCCAUGUGGAAGUAGUAUUUUUUUCAGCUUCUUAUGUUUAAAAGAAAUAAAUUUGAGGCUAACAGGUUAGCUCGCUAGCUAGCGGCCGUCUAAAGUCCCUACAGCAUCAGAUUUGCAAUGUGGUGUAAACACUAAAUAGGAGUGUAAAGGUUUUCAUUUCAUGUCUGCAGGGCUGUAAUGAUGUUAAUUAAAAAACAUACUUAGAAAGUCAUAAACAGGUUUUCUAUGUUGUAACUCCGAAAAUAGCCACUCUAUUAACAUUGCGGAAAUUCAUUUAACGUGGUUGCGUCUGGAAUCAAUUAACCGCUAUCAACGAGGGACAACUCUAUUUGGAAUUAGUUCAGCAUGUAAAUUGGGCGACAAGUUAUUUUAUAAAUUAAAGACAAUAACCAUUUGUAAAUGUAAUGGAGGGGGGUGCCACAUGAAAUCUUGCCACUUUGGUUAGGACGGGCUCUGUAUUUAACAAUACUGUUGCUGUAGUGUUUCUUAUAAUGUGGUUCAAUCAAAAGUGAGACUUAAGACCUCAUAGUAAUUUGUUCUUCAUAGUAGAUGUGCCAUUUAAUACAUCUGUAAGGCACAGUUCGUUUUUGAGUUUGAUGAAUCAAACCCAAUACUGGUUGUCUUUCAGCGUUGGGGACUUGGAUCUGCGAGAGGACUUACAUUCUAUAGAGAUGGCUGGUAAUGAAUUUCUACCAAUAACUCUUUCACAACCUCUAAUAUUGUCAUCACUACUUGUUGCCUCAGCUUCAAAUGGCCCCCAGAAGGUCAUUCCGGGGGCCAGACUCCGCCUCCUUGGGCCUUCAGGUGCCCUGGGAGAGGCGGCACAGCUGGCGGGGCCAAGCGGGGUGACCACCACAGAGGGCAUAGCCACGCUUCGCUCCGGCCGGCCCAAGUAUGGACUGCCCUCGGCGGGUAACUGCACGGCGCCGAGCUCCUGCAGGAGACGCAUUCUUGCCUGCUUCUCCUUGCGGUGUCGGAACACCAGGAUCAACACCACCAGGAUCACGAUGAGGAGCAGGCAGGCCAGCAGAGGCAGGAUGAUGAGCAGAGGGUCCGAGGCAGGCCGAGGGAGGACCUCCACGUGAACCGGAUGGGCGUCAGGAGGCAGAGCUGGGCCAUGUUCUGGCUCGGAUGGGGGGCGAGGCUUCGGGGCGCCUCCUGACCGGCCGCCAUGAUUCCCACCGCGUGUGUGGUUUGCUAUGCGGGUGUGAGGCCUCACUUUAUGAUGCGUCUUAUUGUGGUUCCUCAGUGUUAUGAUGUGAGGGUGCAUCCCCAAUUCUACCUUGCCGGAUGUUGCGACUCCCUUUCGCCCCCCUCCUUUCACCGCUCCUGCGGUGGUCUUGCUGCGUGUCGGCAGGCGGGUGGUGGUCUUGUGCUCGCUAUUCGCUCCGUCCGCUUUAUUCACACCAGUGGGACCGUGGCGCAUCUGGUGGUGAGGUAAGAUGGUGAAGUGAAGCUCACCUUUUGCUGGUUGGACAUUUCCAGCCUUCAGCAUGAAGACAAAAGAAUCGUUGAGAGGCGUGGCAGGGGCGUGGCCUCGGGCCGUUGUGAGCGCCGAUUCGUUGCUUUGGAGUUGAUUGUCGCUGUCACUCAGAGUCUCCUCGAUGGCUACGCGUCCUUGCACCACGUCACGAAAUGUGAACGACUUCAGGACCUCUGAUGCUCGGAUGGGAUCGUAGGUCAUCUGCAGGCAUGCAAGCACAACAAAGGCAGUUGGGGGUUCCGUGUACUGGUGUGUGUACUGUACUGAGCGCUUUUCAAGGCACCCAAGUGCUUCACAAUGAAGUGAACCCAUCAUUCAUUCCCUCCUCAGUCGCACACUGGUGGUGGUAAUCUACAUCCGUAGUCACAACUGCUCUGGUGUAGUCUGACGGAAACGUGGCUGCUAAUUCGCGCUACGGCCUCUACGACCACCACCAAACAUCCAUGGGUGAAGUGCCCCGGGACACAACAACAGCGACUGGGCGGAAGGAGCGAGGAUUGAACCGCCAACCUUCCGGUUUACCCCCUGAGCCCGCCCUGUAUAGCUGCCACAUACUGUACAGUACAGUUCUGCUGCCUUUGCUCACAUUUCACCUCAGUGUGGUGUAAAUACAGUAUGCACAUGCUGUCCAUAUUCAACUAUCUCUGUUUGUCAUACUAAGACAGAGAUGACAGGUCAUCAGGUGUGCCGCAGUUGUAUCAAUUUCACUUACUUGGUCUGAAAAACCUAUAUUAAUUAUAUGUAAAUACAUUUUAUUUACUACUAUAAAUUUGACUUUGUUUAUCUAUGCAUUAGCAAUUAAAUUGAAUCCAAAUGAAAUGACUCAACACUGACCUCUAGUGGUUCAUUCUAUCCAGUGCUUACUGAUGGAGAUUGACCUACCUUAUGUGACAUUGUGCAUGUUUUUUGCCAGAAUUUAUUGGUAUAAAUCAUUUUUUUAUUUAAUAAAACUUAACAAAAUAACAUAUAUAACAUGUCUGGCAUAAACUAUGCAUGUCUACUGGUGAUAGUUUGGCAUUACUGUCAUAAAUGCCAAAUAAUAAUGUGUAUGGUUUGACUGUGUUCCAGUGUGUGAUUCUAUUUUCUAUGCCGCUUAUCCUAAUUAGGGUGGUGGGGUAUGCUGGAGCCUAUCCCAGCUGACUUAGAGCGAGAGGCGGGAUACACCCUGGACUGGUCGCCAGCCAAUCGCAGGGCACAAAUAGACAAACCAUUCAGGCGCCCUGGUAGUCGAAAGCAUUUCAAUGUAACCCCGCACAUUGGCUAACAUAAGAGGCGGCCCUUCAUUUAUAUGAACCAGAGAACAGAACAGAAAACAACAAAGGUUUGACACAAUUCAUAAUCAGUGAG